AUGAAGACGGCUGUCAGACAGUCCAUCAUCGACCAAUCACAGUCCAAACGCUCCAUAGUGAGUGAAUGCACGGUGGGAAAUAUCACUCAGGUCACGAUCAGUGAGAAUACGUUCCCCUUCAACUACGAGACCGUGACCAAGUUCAACUGCUGCCUGACGGCCAAGACAGUGGUUGACAACCUGGACGCCAUCACCGCCAAGGUGGACGACCUGGAAUACCUUGAAGUGGUCCUGGCGAGACUCAGAGAGGCCUACUCCGCAAACUCCACCAUCCCAGAAGCGAAGGUGCAGGUUCUUGGGCCGGCUUCGCGCGUUGCCACUAAUGCUGACAUCACCAUGUGGAACAUCACCAAGAUCGACACACUGUCAGCUCUGAUGGACUCCUCCAAUGGAAACUGGGAUGCUGUUAUGGCGCAGGCCAUCAUCAGUAAGUACCUGAGUAACUCAGGAAAUACUCUGGGCAGUGCCGAGCUCAACUCCAUCGGAGGACCAAACCUGUGUUCACUAGACACCAGCCUCCUGAAGACCAUUACACAGAGUAGCCUGAGUAAGGCCAAUGCCCUGACGGUGACCAACUGCAGCAUAAUGAAGAAGAGAACGUUGUUCGUCAUCGCUGAAGGGGCCUUCCAGAGCCGCAGUACUGUCUCUGCUACCUCCUACCAGCUAACACAGCCAUACAUAGGUGGUGCUGACUCAGCCUACGUCCAGCGUCUGUCCACCUCUAACAUCAGUAUGGACAUGGACACUUUCAUCAGCCUGGACCCUACUGUUAUACAGACUCUGGGUGUGAGCCAGGUCAAAGGUCUGCUGGGUUCUAACCUGCCAGAGCUGAAGAGCUAUGAGAACCAGAGCGCGGUCCGGACCUGGAUCAGCACCCGUUUCCAGGCCGACCUGGACUAUCUGGGGCUGGGUCUGAAGGGAGGCAAGGCUGACCCCACCACGGCUGGCGUGGGAACCAUCAUACUUCCUACCAGUGCAGGGGCACCUGGAGGAGCUGGGCCAGUCAACACCGUGGCUGGAGGAGCUGCUGCUACAACUACAGCGAGCGGCGGAGCGAUCAACAGACCAACGUUCGGCCUCCACCUUCUCCUCACCACUCUGGCCGUCGCUGUCCUGUACAUUCUACACUGAUUUAAACACGGAUUUCAGAGAUUUUAUAUUUCAGAGUGAGAGAGUUAACUGACUCCAUAUAGCAUCCAGUCGCAUUCGGCUCAGACAGGGAAAAACAUCAUGUAAAGUUCUCAAACAGGAAACAAAAAUGUAUACGUUUAGAGUCAGGUAGUGCCUUAGAUAUUGUAAAUAUCACUGAAUACAAGGAUAUACUAUAAAACCAUCUAGCACUUUAGUCACAUCAAUGUUUCUGCUCUGACAAGUUCUGCAUUUUAUUUAAGUGUCACGUUGUAUGUUGUUCUGUCUUGGUGGUUGGAAUGAAGUCUGUACUGUCUUGGUGGUUGGAAUGAAGUCUGUACUGUCUUGGUGGUUGGAAUGAAGUCUGUACUGUCUUGGUGGUUGGAAUGAAGUCUGUUCUGUCUUGGUGGUUGGAAUGAAGUCUGUUCUG